CACUAGAAAAACUCGCAGUUCAGUCUAGUCCCCCACCCUUCACUCUCAUUUGCCGCCGAUUCUCGACAACCUCUAUGGGCUCCGCCGCCGACGCGGAUACAUCCGUUAACCUCUUAUUUGAACUCCAAUCUGCGGUCGAGUUCUCAGGAAAGACCUACGAAGGUUUUAAUCAGUACCUCUACGAAUUCUCCUCUAUUGCUGAACCGGACAACUCAUCCAAAUCCACCGGGAACUUUACCGCCAUCCGAGCUCUAACCAAACGAUUCCUUCCGUUUCUAAACAAAGCAUUAUCGCUACUUCCCAAACGCCUUUCCGAGACCUCCAAAAUUUCCGAGGAAUCCGCGCUCCAUCUGCUCAAAAUUUAUAGGCUCUGCCUAUGCCGCCUCGAUUUAGUGUCUUCGCAGCUGGUCGCAAAACCUUACUCAGUUCAAAAACAGAAAUUGCGUUUCAUAGGCUGUCUGGAGGCAUGGAAGAUGUACCAAGAGGCAGAACGUGAAGCAUUCCUUGUACUGGACAACCUUCAGGGAGAUUGCUACUUCGAAGGGGCAGGGUCAAAAUCGGCAGUUUCAGAGAGGAGGGAGUUGUUGCCGCCUUUGAAUGGAGUAAACGUGGACCAAGAGUAUGCUUGGAUGGUGUUGGACGUUGCAAUAACAAUUGUCAGGUGUGCUUUGCUGAAGCAAAGUAACGACACUUCAGAUUAUAAUAGGAUCCUCAAUUUGGUCAAUGAAGCCUCCCCCUGGUUCAAGGUUUUAGAAGUCAAUGCACAGGAUAAAAUGCUUCAGAUGCUUCUGAAAUAUUUGAGCAGAAUUGCUUUGUUUCUGUCUAAGGAUUCAGUGCGCUUUGGUUGGCAUUUAGUGCGCAGGUUUUGCGAACUAAUAUUUGAUCUGUAUAGAGGAUCAUCUGAGAGAGAUGAAGUGUGGAAGUUUGCAAGUAAUAUAUGUUCUUCUCUCUUUGCACAACAACAAGCUUCUGAUACUGUAGAAUUUUUAAAAUUUAUACUGGAAUCCAUGUCCAAUGAAUGCAAGGAUGGCAGUGAGAGCACUAUAAUAAAAUAUCUGGAACUAAUAGGUUAUUCUGCAAAUGAAUGUCGAAUAAUAACAAGUAUUUCUAGUGAUGUUGCAAUGCACUUUGAAGAACUAUCCCUUAAUCUUAAAAGAAAAUUAAAUAAAUCAGUGGAUCCCAAUCAGGGCGGGUCUACUGCCGGAUGGAUUAUUGGGAUUUAUGCAACUAGUUUGUCUAUCCUUCAUUUUGCAUCUCACUCUACCAUCCAAGGAAACACGAAAGAUGGAUCUGCAUUAAGGAUUUUGCUUAGUCAAGGGGACAUUAUUCAGAAAUUGAAAUCUUUGCUCAAUUUAUUGAAAGUUGGCUUAGAUAUUGGCAUCAAACAGAGUAACUCGCCACAUAAACAUGUUCAAUUCCUACCAUCAUAUUUUGAUGCCUUAAAAUUCUUAUGCCAUCCUCUAGCUCAGUUGAUUAAUUCAGAACAAGGGGAGGAGUUUACAGAAAUGGAAAGUCUAUAUGUUUUCCAGGAUGCCCUGAGUCAAUACUGCCAUGUGUUUAUCCAAUACCACAUUGGACCUUCCAGCAAGCACAAGGAUUGUGAUGAGAAAAGUAGAAACAUACAUGUAGCUGUAGUAGCUGUAGCUGCCUUUUCACUCUCUUUGAGAACAAAGCACAAUAUGGAGGAAAAUGUCAAGUUUCUAGAAUAUUUCAUUCAGAGUGAUAUUCACGUAAAUAGGCUUAAGUAUCUAUGUACAUCUCUUUACAAUCUUGCUGUUAUUUCUUACAACAGCAAACAAAUGAUAGAGGCUUCCAAGGCUUUCAAGUUAUAUAGCAAAGCGUCUUCAGCAUGCAUCUUAAGGAGCUGUGAAAAGUUUUCACACAUAUCAAAUGAGCUUCAAUAUGAAUUGUCAGAAGAUUUUGUGAUAGGAUUCAUUAAUAACGCAUUUUCCAAAAUUGCUAACCUUUUGGAUCUACUCUACCAUAGUUGUAGCAGUAAUGAGGUUGAGGAGAUUCUCAUUGAUUGCCUCAAAAGCUGGUCGGUGGCAAAAUGCUUGCUUGGCACACUUCCAGGUCCCACUGUUAUUGUGAAACAAUUCGUUAAGAUAAGAUUGGAACUCCCCAAGGAUGUGGAUAUAGAGGAAGAUGCCACAUUGUUGUACCCUAUAUUAUCAUCUUCAGAAGAAUUUAGAGGAACUGUAGGAUUAAUACUAGAGGAGGAGCUUCAAGCAUAUAAAGAUUUGAUAAGUAUGAACCAAAGUUUAUGUCAGAAAAUGAGACUGAAGAUCAUCAGCAUUCUUUUAGAAAAAGUUUAUGCUACAGAGGACACUUACUUGCAGAAAUCUAGAGUUCUUAUUACCAAAUCUGAGGUGUUAAGAGGUCAAGGACUUUGUCGUGAUUGUAUUUGGUGUCUAUCUGAAGCAAUAUCUACAAUGGAAAAGCGUUUUGCGGCAAAAGAAAGAGAAGGUGAAAAAAAUAGCUGCACGGAUUCAGCUUGCGAUAUAGUUGCUCGGGCAUAUUGCAUACGUGCACUAUGUACCAAUGAGAUUGAACUAAACUCAAAGCUGCUCUAUGAAGAUAUUUAUGCUGCAGUUAGAGUGUUAAUGAGCCCUCAUGUGUGCCAUGCAUCUGGUCAGUGUAAUAUGUUGUCAGAAGCCAUGUUGAAUUUGCUCUAUCAGAUUAUUGACUUAUUAUCAAUUAAGGGAAACUUGGAAUCUCAUAUUGAAAUUUUUGAGGUGAUCAUACAGUUAUCUAAACUGAAAAAGAUUCCACUAGAGAUAUUGUUGUCAUGGCUAUGGAAACAUAGAAGACUUAGUCAUGCUCUCUGUGCUUUGCCUGUUAACGGUAUUUUCAUCGAAGCAUUAUCAAAACAUUGUGGUGAAGCUGUCAAUUCCUUAGAAUACUGGACAAAUUGUCUGAAGGCAUCACAACCAUUACUAGUUGGGUUUCAUCAGAGCUUCCAUGCGGUUUUCUCUCUUUCUUCUCAAAAUCCGUGUAACUAUAACAUAUUCCUACAAUCAGAUAUUUCAGAUAGUAAAGUGAAACUCACUGCAUUAGAUCUUCCUUCCAGUGUUCCUCUAUCAAGUGAUUCAGCUUUCCUUUCAGCUUAUCUCUAUUAUGACUUGAGUGAAAGAUUAAUUCAAAGCGGACAACUAACUGAAGCUUUUUCGUAUGCAAAAGCCUCAUACCGUUUACGAGAAGCCCUUCUAAAUAGGAAGUUCCUGUAUCACAUUGAGAAGCAGAAUGGGAACGACCAUCUUGCAUCAUUCCAAAUAUAUGAUUCAGUUGCUACAGAAGCUUUGUUUUGUGAAAGUCUUUCUUUUGAUUCAGAAGGCUGCAUGCUCACUCCUUGGAAUGUGCUCCAAUGCUAUCUUGAAAGCACUCUGCAGGUUGGAAUCAUUAGUGAGAUUCUUGGAAAUGAAGAUGCGGCCAAAUAUUAUCUACAGUCGGGAAAAGUCAUCUCGUGCUCCCAGAGCUUGCCACUUUUCAUAGUUUCAUUUUCUUGCAUUAUAGGUCAAAUUUACAUUAAACAGGAGCUAUGGGAGAUGGCUGAAAAGGAAACUCAAACAGCUAAGAAAGCGUUGGCUGAUAGUUUCGGUGCAUCUUCUUGCAAGUGCAGAGCUGUUUUUGAAGUUACUAUUGAUAAGCUUUUUGGAGAUAUAUACAGAAAGCGGUUUUGUAGUGAUCUAGAAAAUUCUAUCUCAAAGGAGUUAACACUUGCUAAAGAGAAUUACAAGUCUGCCAUUGACAAGUUGGCUCCCUCUGAACAAAAUAAUUUUUUUGGUGGUCGCAAGGUAGUUGAUUCUAAGCAUGCCAAGCACAAAGCUAAUUCACUUUCUUAUCAUGAAACUGCUCAAUCAGUUGUGGAUGAGGUUUCAUCAAAGUGUAGGAAACACGAAAAUGCAAUCGAGACUGUAAUUAUUAGGAAGGGUAAGGACUUAGAGUCUGGCAUAAGGUUGACCAGAUCUAGAUAUCAUUCUCUAAACAAAAGCUGCGAAACUGUGCAUGCACAGUCUGAUACUGCUAUGGAGUUGAACUCCACUUGCUACAGACUGACCUGUUGGCACUAUCUUACUCUUGAGGCUCUUCAUUCUGGGUGUAUGAGCACUUUGAUAUGCUUUAAAUGGGAGCUUAUUCGAAGAAAUCUCUCACAGCAGAUGUUAAUUAGCUUAGGAAAAUGCUCCUGUCUAUGCGAUGAGAACCAUGAGGCUCAUAAGGUCUUUCUUCGAAGUGUAUAUUUGGUCACUAGAGAUCCAUCAUGCCCCCAAUAUUCUUCUCUUUCUUUUGUUUCCUUGCUCGACCAGGUGGAAAAGAAUAAUUGGUCAAAGUUAUUUGCAGUUUAUCAUGCAGAAAUGCUUUAUUACAUUUGCUGGUCAGCUUUGAAAAGUAAUUAUUGCAAAGCGACUAGGAAACUAUGUUGUAAAAGUAAUUGUGACUUUUCUUCUGUGAAUAUAUCAAAGAUAGUCUAUUGGUUAAAAGUAGCCUUUAUUCAGAGCCGUGAGGUUCCUUUACAUUUUCAAAAGGUAUCGAGGCUGCUUGCUACAGUCUAUGCACUUUCAACAUCCAUCAAGAAUCUCGCUGUACCAUCUCACAAUGUAGUCUCUGAAAGGCAAUGGGCAUCAUUCUUCCAUCAAGCCUCACUUGGUGCUCAUUUCAACCUGCAGCUCUUCUCAACCCCAAAGAAGCAGCAUAAUGGACAAGAUAUUUCGGAUUUUAAGGGUUGUUGUAGCUCAAAUGAUGAUCAGAGAAAACCCAGCACACUCUGGAAUGCACCUGGAUCAGUUGACAAUCUUGAAGAUUUUGUUCUAAAAUAUUUUGAAAGCUUACCUUCUGCUACAGUGGUUUGUAUUAGCUUCAUUGCUGGUACUCUUGCCACUUUGCUGGGUCAGCUGUUGUGCCGCCCUUCUCCUAUUCAAGCAUGGAUACUUUUGUCACGGAUGAGUUCCACAAAUAAUCCUGUUUUAGUAGUUCUUCCUAUAAAUUCAGUUUUAAAAGACACCGAGGAACUAUGCUCCAGCGUUUCCGUUCAAGCCAGUGAUUUUACUAAGCAGUGGCAUUGCAAUUGGGCAUCAUCUUGUGUAAUUAAUAAUGUGGCCCCAUUAUUUAGGGACAUAUUGGAAAAGAGUUACUUGUGCUCAGAGGUUGGUCCUGAUACAUCAGAAAGUACAGAUUUAUGGUGGAAGUCUAGGAGGCAACUUGAUGAGUCCCUUGCCAGGUUUUUGCAGGAUUUAGAGGAACUAUGGCUGGGUCCUUGGAAAUACUUACUUUUGGGUGAGUUGUCCGGAUGUGAGCUCCUGGAUUCAUCUCUGAUGGAAGUAGUUGAACAUUUAAAACUCGAAAACAAAUCGGAUGUUGACAUGGCUCUUCUCAAAAUAGUUCUUGGAGGCGCUAAUCAUGCAGUUGAGGAAGAUGGUUGCAUUUUUCAGCUGCUUUUAACUAAUGGAUGCCACAUAGGCGGACAUGGUGAUGGUACAUUAUCCAAAAGUUGCACAUAUUCAGAAGCAGUAUAUAAAACAAUAUUUGAUGCGGCUGACAAGCUGGAAGGCUCUGGAUGCAUCAACCGGAAACCAAGCAUUCUCAUUUUAGACUUUGAUUUGCAGAUGCUUCCAUGGGAGAACCUGCCAAUAUUAAGAGAUCAAGAGGUUUACCGGAUGCCCUCUGUUGGUGCCAUCAAUGCAACACUAGUCAAACGCUGCCUCCAGCAAGAAGCUAUCGAAAAGGGGAAUCUGUUGAACUCCAUCCCAUUAGUCGAUCCCCUAGAUGCGUAUUAUGUCUUGAACCCUGAUGGUGAUCUUAGCUUCACCCAGGCUACAUUUGAGGGUUGGUUUAAUGAUAAGAACUUUGAGGGUACGAGCGGAGUUGCACCCACCGUUGACGAACUGACUGAAGCCUUGAAGAGACAUGACCUAUUUCUUUAUUUUGGGCAUGGAAGCGGUAUGCAAUACAUCCCUGCAGACAAAAAAAAAGAUCUAGAGACUUGCUCGGCUUGCCUACUAAUGGGAUGCAGCAGCGGGUCACUUAAAGGCAACAAGUCCUACAUUCCUCAGGGCGCCCCCUUAUGUUACCUCUCAGCAGGCUCUCCAAUCAUAGUUGCCAAUCUUUGGGAAGUGACCGACAAAGACAUUGACAGGUUCGGCAAGACAUUGCUGGAAGGGUGGUUAAGAGAAAGGUCCAACUUUUAUGGAAAAUGUGACCAAUGUAGUGAAAUUUCGAAGGAGUUGAAGUCCAUGGAUAUAAAAGGAGGUCGGGGAAAUAGAAAGAGGGAUAUGCAUAAUAAAUGUUGUAGGCAUAGGCCAAGAAUUGGGUCGUUCAUGGGGGAAGCUCGAAAGGCAUGCAUCCUUCGAUAUUUGAAUGGGGCAUCCCCAGUUUGCUAUGGUGUUCCCACUGGAAUUAUAAGAAAAAGUGAUUAAUUAUAACCAUCCCCCGGAGGUGUACAAAUGUAUCAUGUAAAUAUAGGUUUUAUUUAGGUGGUGGUGGUGUUCAGAACAUGUAACCCAUCAGUUAGGUUUAAGGAAUCUAAAUGGUACUUUUUGAGAACCGUGCCUGUAGACAUAUGAUGUGUGGUGGCAGCGCCGCAGCGGGGACAUGCAUACCCGCAAUUUAUGUUAUAGACUACAUGACCGGGUAUAUGGUGGGCUCGGUUUCGGGUGUAAAAAUUGGGGACCGUGUGGUCCCGACUCCUGGUUCGGUCCCAAUGGUCAUCAUUUAAUUUUUUAUUUAUUUAAUUUUUUGCUUUUCAGGAGGGAGGGGUGUGAUUGCUGUUGCAAC